UUGAACAGUGCUGUGCUAGAACUGGGACUAACCAAAGGUCAGAGAAAAUGUGAAUGAACUGAAAACAAGCUAGUGCCUGAUUGAUUUUGACUGAGAAGAGUCACUAGUGAAAGGGAAGCUGACUGGGCCUUUGGAAUAGUGACCUCACAAAGCACAGCUCACAAUGUCUCCGGAACGCUUAAGCUCCCGGACCACUCUCCUUAAUUCAUGUCGAGAUUCCUGAAGCCUCUGCACAUGUAGUUCCUGGAGCUGCUGUUUUAAAAAUGCCAACAUCUCCAUCUUCAUCUUCUUCCUGGGACAACCUCUUAAAUGCUCUCGCUCAAAGCUCAGCAUGGACUUGGCUACAAGCAACUUUUAUAGGAGAGACUACUGUGCCUCAGCCAACAAAUUCGGGGAUUCUAGAUAAUCUUGCUUCAGCUGUGCAAAUCAUCCUAGGGAUUUCUUUUUUGACUUUGUUGGUCUUAGGAUUAUUUGCCUUAUGGAAAAGAAGUGUUCGGUCAAUUCAGAAAAUAGUGGUGUUUGUGAUCACACUCUACCAACUUUACAAAAAGGGCUCAGACUUUUUUCAGGCUUUGUUAGCCAACCCAGAUGGAAGUGGUCACCAUGUUCAAGACAGUAAUAUCUUCAUGUCCUUGGGUCUGCAAGAGAAAAUUCUGAAAAAGCUUCAGAUGGUAGAAAACAAAGUGAAGGACCUGGAAGGGAUGAUUGCUGCCCAGAAACCUGCAGUGAAGCGGGACUGCUCCUCUGAGCCCUACUGCAGCUGUUCUGACUGUCAGAGUCCCUUGCCCAUUUCAGGGUUUACGUCUUCAUCUGAAAUGUGAUGGACUCCAAUCUAUUCCAGAAAAGCACUGCUUCCCUCAUGUGUGCAGUGUUGAAUCAAUAAAGA